ACCCUAUAUAUAUUUAUAUAUAUAUGUAGUACAUGUUCCAUGUGUCUGUUUAAAAUUAUGAUGAACUGGGGUUGUAAAAAUAUUUAGGGGGAACUUGUGGUUGUUUUUCAACAAAAUUUCUUCCUGAAUUUCUGAUAUCAGCCAUAUGUGCAAUUUUCACAUCCUCUUCAACAGACCCCCAAAACGGCAAAUUUGCAUAACUUGCAUAACAUAAUUGCAACAUUUUAGUGUUUGUAUGUGGUUUAAAGCAGAUCGUUAGUCUUUCAGCCCAUUCUGUCAACAUGUUUGUCUACCUGCUGCUCCUCACAGUCAUCGUGACUGUCGAGGCUCAGAGAGUUCCAGGUCUACAGAAGACAGAUUCAUGUUUGUGCAAAAUAAACAGCUCUAUCUGGACUUUCCCUGCUGUACAGUUUGUGGAAGUCACAAAGGAGGUCCAGACCUGUGAGGACAAUCUGAAUGAAUUUGAGGAAAAGUUGAGGAACACAGAUGUAGAACUGCCGUCGAUGGGAACCAAUCUUCAGAACAUCACAGCCCGUCUGGAAGUAUUUAAUUACCUUCACACAAGUGGACUGUACAAUGCACUUCACCUGCGACAGCUGAACCAGGAACUUGAGGAAAUCCAUCGAUUUGUCAGUGAAGCACACAUGCAGAAUCCCAACAAGGAGACACAUAACCUGCUAAGUGAGUUAAAUAAGGCAAAAAAAGACGUCCAAAGGAUGUACAAAGAUGAUUUCUUCAACCUGGAGACCAUGAAGAAGAGGUUACAAGACCUCAACAACCGUGCACAGACUUGCAAAACUAUACCAAAUGAUUUCAGAAGCACUUGUCAUCAGCACAUCAUGACCAGAAUAAGUUCUCCAAGGGUCACCAAGCUCAAUUCUAUCAGCAAGUCCUAUAUUUCUGGUGCCUGGGGUCGUGAUGCCCUACUAACCAAUAACCGUUAUUGGGAACGUUGUCUGGUGAGUGGAAACAAGCAUGGGAACACAAUCAGGGUGUACAACUCACACGAAGACUUCAUGGCCAGCAAGAACUACAAGGAUGAGCAGAUAGCAUCAUCCUACAGUGACAAAAAUGCCGUUCAAGGUUCUGGCACUAUACUGUACGACAAUACCGUAUUUUACCAGUGCUACGAAACUGCUGAGAUCUGCAGCUUCAACAUUACAUCACAAUCAACCAAGCGUGUGAAACUAGAUGGUGCCAGAAUCGACAACAAGUUCCCUUUCUGCUACUACAGCUGCCGUGAUUGGACAGACAUCGACCUGGAGGCUGAUCAAGACGCUGUGUGGGUUAUAUAUGCCACCGAGGAGAACCACGGCAACAUUGUUGUGAGUCGCUUAGACCCACUGGAGCUCAAUAUCACACAUACCUGGAAGACACAUCUCUUUAAGAGGUCCGUCACCAGCACGUUUAUGGUGUGCGGGGUCCUGUAUGCUACACGCUAUGUUAGUAAUUACCAAGAAGAGGUGUUUUAUGCCUUUGAUACAACCACUGGCAAAGAGAUAAACACUCUUUCUUUGCCCUUUGAGAAGGUUUCUGCUGGAAUAGCCAAUCUCAACUACAAUCCUGUUGAUAGGAGACUUUACAUGUAUAAUGAUGGCUAUCUGUUAGCAUAUAACACCUUCAACUGAGGGUCUUUCAUACUCAGCUAAGAAAAAAAUGCAGUACCAUAUAGUUUAUAGUUUACAUCAGUCCAAUUUUUUUUGCGCUAUAUUAUCAUGUGACUGAGACAUUUGAUAUGUUUUGUCUAAUUUUUUUAUUUUUUUUUGUUAUUACAAUAAAUCUUCUUAUACAGCA